AUGGACAUUCUCUUACCGGCGGAGACUUCGCUGGAGCUGACGUGGUCCUCGAAAUUUUCUCUGUCUCUUAACGACGCCGUCAAGGGCUAUGCCUCUCCCUCACGCAUCCUCACAUUUCGAGCCAUUUUCCACCACCACCAUCUACAGCUCCAACAAUCUUCAGCAUCAGAGUACAAUGCUUGUAAAAAUCUUAGAGAAAAAGCAGUAACGUCAUUACGGAGGCAAACAACUGGAAGCUUGGUUGGUCCCCACUACUGGCCCUACAACCUGCUCAACUUCACUUUUUCUUCGGCUGUUCUUGUCCCAGGAGUUGGUCUCGGACAACGAGGGGCGGCUGAGCGACCAACCAGCAACACUGCGGACUUAGGAAAAGUAGCUGUGGGAGUUACCUUGCGAUGGUCACACUCUCCCUUCACGACAGGAGCUCUCACAUCCAGCGAGUGGGAUGCUGGCGGAGGCAGACCAGAGGGCCUGAAACCUGAUGGUUACCUUCUUCAGAUAUGGGACCACAAACACCUCAUGCUCAAGCUCACGACGUCAGUCUCAGGAAAACAUGAUGGCUGUAUUGCUAACGUUGGUGGUUUGUCACUGGAUACGGCUUACAAAGCGACGCUACAAGGCCUCCACGAUGACGGUCGAGUUGGGACAGCUCUUUCCUUUUCUUUGGAUGCUGGAGCAUUCUAUGUUGCUGGGGGUGGCAUGACCACAGACGGUGUGUCUGAAUGCUACUCCGGUCUGCAAGUCAAAUGCCCAACGUCAGACCGCUGUGUUUCACCUUACUGGAUUUGUGAUGGUGCACCAGAUUGUCCAAAUGGAGAAGAUGAGAUUGGAUGUGACAAAUCUCCAUGUGACGGGUUUCGCUGCUGGGAUAAUGUGUGCAUUCCAAGUGCUUGGCGAUGUGAUGGUCAUCGUGAUUGCAAAGACUUAGCUCCAAGACUCAUGUGGUCUGGCAUAACUCUCAUCCCUGGGGUUGCUCUAUUCCUUAAGAAUCAGGAAGGAUAUUUAAAAUCACUUGCAAGGCCAAAGCACAAGAGACCUGUCAAGCAGCUUGCUCUGUUCAUGGAAGUUCAGCUCUCCAUCCAUCCUGGAUCACGCCCCCAGCAAUUGAAAAAGAUGUCUGAUACAAGAUGUUCCCGCAGAGAAAGUUCACUGAGAAACAUAAAGAAGGUGCUUACAGCUUUAGUGCAAUUUCGGAUUAAGAUACGUGAAAAUAAUCCACCAGAGAAGCAAGUGGAGAUGAUGGGUUUUUGUUGCAUAGAAUCAAUUCGGAUUUUCUUCUUUGCCUGGAAAUAG